CCCCUAUCCACCCCUCCCCUCCCACUCCCACUCCCCCCCCCACCCAAAAUGUCCUCUGACAAGGGAUCAUCCUCCGCUAUCGGCGCGAUCACCUCGACCGCAGGCGCCCUCAUCAAGCCAGGAGAGUCCGAGCUCCAACGCUGGAAGCGUACCUUUGACAAGAACGCCGGGGUCGAGGUCAACGGCGAGAAGUUCCUCAACGCAGACCAGUUCAUCAACGCCAUUGCACCCACAGAUGAGGGCUUCAACCGCAUCAAGCGCCAGCAGUACAACGUUCUCUUCCAGGUCGCAGACGCAAAAAAGCGCGGGCUCGUCUCCUUCAACGACUUUGUGCUCUUUGAGACGCUGCUGAAACGCCCCGAUGCCGACUACCAGCUCGCCUUCUCGGUCUUUGACGCCGACGCGUCGGGCACGAUCGACUAUGAAGAGUUCAAAAAUGUCAUGGGCAACAACAUCAAGGACAGUGGCAUCCCGUUCAACUUUGAUUGCGACUGGAGCAAGCUGUACCUUGGCAAGCGCGGCAACGCGCACACGCUCGACUACUCGCAGUUCACUCAGCUCAUCAAGGGCUUCCAGGGCGAGCGUCUUCGUCAGGCUUUCCACUUCUUUGACAAGGACGGCGACGGGUACAUCAGCCCCGAUGAGUUCCAGCACAUUAUCACCGAGAUCGCUGGGCAUAAGCUGUCCGAGUCGGUGCUUACCCGUCUGCCCACGCUAUGCACACUGAACCCUGGUCGCAAGAUCAGCUACUCUGAGGUCAUCGCGUUCAACAACAUUAUCCGUGACAUGGACGUAGUCGAGCGUCUGCUGAACCGCGCCGUGCGCAAGUCCAAGGACGGUCGCAUCAGCGUGUCCGACUUCCUCAACGAGUGCGCCGCCAACCUCCGCUACGGCGGCUUCACUCCGAUGGAGGCCAAUAUUAUCUGGCACUUUGCCUCGCGCGGUGGCGGCCUCGCGACCGCUAGCGAGCGUCUCACCAUGGCCGACUUUGAGCAGCUCCUCGACGCCAAGUGGAACCCACCAACAAACGUCGUCUCUGAUCUCAAGGCCUCGCGUGGCUUCGCUCACCAGCUCGGCGAGAGCACGUGGAACUUUGUUCUCGGCGGUAUCGCUGGUGGUAUUGGUGCCUUUGCCGUGUACCCCAUCGACCUUGUCAAGACGCGUCUUCAGAACCAGCGCUCGAACGUUGUCGGCGAGGUCAUGUACCGCAACGCGUUCGACUGCAUCAAGAAGGUGUACACUACUGAAGGAGGUGUUCGCGCCUUCUACCGUGGUGUGCUUCCUCAGCUGGUCGGUGUCGCCCCCGAGAAGGCCAUCAAGAUUACCGUCAACGAGCUUGUGAGGAAAAAGCUCACCGACCCCGAGACAGGCCGCAUUCCUCUUUGGGCCGAGCUUGUCGCCGGUGGUACUGCUGGUGGUUGUCAGGUCGCUGUUACCAACCCCCUUGAGAUUGUCAAGAUUCGUCUGCAGAUGGCCGGCGAGAUGGCACGCAUCGAGGGCAGCGCGGCACCGCGUGGGGCUAUCCACGUUGUCAAGCAGCUGGGUAUCGUGGGUCUGUACAAGGGUGCGGCGGCCUGCUUGUGGCGUGACAUUCCUUUCUCCAUGAUCUACUUCACCGCCUACGCACACCUCAAGAAGGACUUUUUCGGAGAGGGCAAGCGCGGCAAGGUGCUCUCGUUCGGCGAGCUCCUCCUCGCGGCCGGUAUCUCGGGUAUGCCCGCGGCGUACCUCACCACCCCUGCCGACGUGGUCAAGACGCGUCUUCAGACUCAGGCGCGCGCCGGGCAGACGGUGUACAAGGGCGUCAUCGACGGCUUUGUCACCAUUGCCCGUGAAGAAGGGGCCCGCGCUCUCUUCAAGGGUGGUCUUGCGCGUGUCAUCCGUUCGUCGCCCCAGUUCGGUGUCACUCUUGCGUGCUACGAGCUUCUGAGCAAGUCGUUCCCGUACCCUGGCGGAGAGAAGGCGACCGAGGCCGUGCGCCCCACGCGCGAGUCACACACGGACAUCUCACGCAUCCGCGCGCGCAACGGCCUGCGUAUUCUGCUCGACUGCUCGAGCCGCUUUGGCAUCCACAACUCGGAGACGGCGACCAAGGCAUUCGGGGCGUACCCCAAGGCGUUCAGCGGUUAAGCCGUGCGGGCGGGAGGAUGGAGGAGGGGAGAUCGGAGGCGGUGCACCACAUCAUUG